AUGCCAUUCGGCAUCAUUGAAGCCAAGCAUGGCGAGCAAGCCCCGGGGACCGUUGCUCUGGACGAAGUGGCUAUUCGAAGCGGCCUCGUGACCGGGGCCACGAAGCUAGGAAAGGGCAAGAAUUCCAAUAUCAUCCUCGAACCGCAGCCCAGCGAUGAUCCCAACGACCCCUUGAAUUGGCGCCAGGCCAGGAAGCACAUCAUCUUGCUGCAACUUCUUCUGGGAGUGAUCAUUGUCCCCAACGUUCCUAUUCCAAUGUUAAACUCCGGGCUCGUGCAGAUGGCCAUUGAGCUCCACCGCCCCGUCAGCGAUAUGACGAAGCUCACGGGCUAUCUGCUCCUGGCAUCGGGAUCCUUUGGUGUGUUCGUCUCGGCUCUGGCACACAAAUACGGGAAACGUCCGUUGUUCGUCCUCGGCUCGGUUCUCAGCUUGAUCGGUUGUAUCGUCGGAAUGACCGCUCAGAAUUACAACACUCUGGUCGCCACCCGGAUCAUUCAAGGCCUUGGACUUCCGUCCUACGAAGCCUUGAUAUUCAGCUCAAUUACUGAUCUGUAUUUUGUCCAUGAGCGCGGCGUGUUCAUCGCCUGCGUCCUCUUCCUCCAGAGUGGUAUUACCAACGCAGUCUCGAUCCUUGCUGGCCUUAUCAUGGAGCAUCUCGGCUGGCGUUACAACUAUUAUCUCCUCUUUCCAUUCGUUGCCCUCCAAACAAUCUCGGUCAUCUUCUUCCUUCCAGAGACAGCCUAUCGCCGACAACCUUCGCAGACUAGAAGCCUCAAUGUGCCUGUAACUAGCGAUACGGGCGAAACUGUAGAAGAAAUCGCUGACAAGCAGAACGAGAGCUUCACCACUACACAUGUUGAAAUCUCCGAAACGACCGGGGCCAGGAAGACUUUCUGGCAGGAUAUGGCCAUGUACAAUGGCACCUUCAGCGACAGCUCUAUUCUCAAGAUGAUUCUGGCUUGCCCGGCCAUACUCACGAAUGUUGCCGCGUCUUACAGCGUCUUCGUGUCUGGAUUCAUCAUUGCAUGGUUCGUCGCUAUCAGCUUAUUGAGCAGCAUCAUGCUGUCUGCACCCCCGUACGGGCUCUCAACCGCUUCCGUGGGAUAUUUGUCUGUCGGUCCUCUUCUGGGAUGCUUGCUUGGCUCCAUAGCCUAUGCUGCAAUGGCAGACCCUCUCAUCAAAUUCAUGUCCCGCAAGAACCGGGGGGUCUACGAACCCGAGUUCCGAAUACCUAUCGUUUUGCUGGGUACUUUACCGACCGUUUCUGGUGUUGCCGCUUUUGGAUAUUGCCUCAAACAGGGGCAGUCGAUGUAUAUCCUCAGCUUUCUCUGGGGAUUUCUUCUCUUCGGCAUGACCAUCGUGGCCUCGGCUGUCUCGUCCUACGCUGUGGAUGCUUUCGCCAAUUACUCCGUGGAGAUUUUCAUCAUGAACAUUCUGUUCAAGAACUUCCUCUUCUACGGGGUGAGCAAUUUCAUCGUCGAAUGGUAUGUGAAAGACGGUGGUAACGUCUUUUACACGAUGGCUGGUGUUUCAGCUGGCCUCUGCCUCACUUCUGUUCCAAUGUACAUGUUUGGGAAACAAUACCGGCGCUUUUGGGCUCGUCACGAUAUUAUCAAGAUAUUGCACCUGGAUGCCAGAGGCUGA